AAGCCAUAAAAGGGGAAGGGAGAGGUGUGGGGUGAAACAUAAUUGCCUUAAACAUAUAUGAAGAGCAAGAACUUGUGCUGACUUCGAAAAAUCGGAGAAUAACCCCACUCCAUUGCAUUUUCCGCACCGCCCUCUGCAAAAAAUGCAAUUAUACCCAGGAGUCAUGUCUAUUUAUCUUUGACAUAGCUGUCAACAUAACGAUUGGACUUUCGACUACGAAUUCCGCCUAUUGGAGUGACUUGUACGUUAGCAUGGCUGGAAAAAACAACUGUAUUUGCUGCAACUGAUGCCAUAGGAAACUACUAGCUGGUGUUAAAAGAGAUUCACGCUACAAUGAAGAACCUGCUAAUUGUACAGUCACUGGCUCUGUUCAGAAACAAAUUUCAUCAUGCAGCUAUUUCUGUUUAUGGGACAGUAGCCUGCAAUGCACCCGCCUCUUAUAUACAUACCACUGUAUCAUCAUACGCACAAUACCCUGGUUUGGUGAGUACAGAAUGGCUGGCAGAAGCAAUGGGAACACGAAAGACCCCAGAUGGAAGACCUUUUCGAGUUCUUGACGCUACAAGAAUCGGCAUGGAAACAGGGAAGGCACACAUACCUGGUAGUCACCACAUCGACAUCCAUUAUCUAACCGAUGAGCACUCUCCCUAUGGUUUCACCGCCCCGACGCCGGAGAACUUCGCCGACUACGUCGGAAAGACGCUCGGCAUCGACAACGACACGCACGUGGUCCUCUACGAAGGCAAGGUCAAGGUCAUGACAGCACCUAGGAUGUGGUGGAUGUUCCGCCUCUUCAAUCACGACGCCGUCUCCGUACUCGACGGCGGAUUCCAGCAGUGGGUUGGGGAGAACCGAACGGUGACGGAAAUACCGACGCCCGUGCCAGAACCGGUGGAGUUUAAGGUGACUGAGAGACGAGAGGAUCUCUUCAAGAGUUACGAAGACGUCCUGCAGAAUGUAAAGGAUCCUAAGAUCCAGAUUAUGGAUGCCCGUCUUGUGGAGUGGUAUGAUGGAUCACAGCCCUCUGUUUACGAAGGUAUCAACCUUGGAAUCAUGAAGAUGGCGACCAAUAUCCCUUUCACCAAUCUCCUUGUCGAUGACGGCUCCGAUAAGUUCAGGUCACCCGCCGAACUCAGGGCCCUCUUCAAAUCCAAUGGCAUUGACCUGUCUCGACCUUUGACCGCGUCGUGCUUCGUGGGCAUCACUGCCUCCAUCCUGGCCCUAGGCGCCUUCCAUGCAGGGAAGGAAGACGUGGCGGUGUACGACGGAUCGUGGGAAGAAUACUCCCAGAAAGGACCCGAAGAUUCAAUGAAUUUAUACACGUAUGAAAAGGAACCUUAGACCGCCAUUUUGUUUUUGUUUUUAUUAUGAAGGUUCAGAUUAGUAGGUUUGAUAAGUGAAUAUAAUAUUGUUUUAAAGGUUAACAUAGACGAAGAUUCAUCUCCUCGAAGGUUCCUUCUAAGGUUCGAUGCUCCAAAGAUUCAAUUAGCCAAAGUUGUAAUUUAGUAUCAGAAGGUUCAUUUUAUAUCCAACGGGUCACAUAUCCAAAGGUUCAUUUGUCGGAAAGUUCAUUUAUUCGAAGGUUAAUUUCAUCUCACAGUGUAGUUGAUAUGUCGGAAAUUGUAUUUAUCCAGCUUAAAAAUAAAGGAGAUUAAUGCCAUAACAUGAUGACUAACAUCAGGUUGAUGUACCUUGGGGGAACUAUGAAUUGUUUGGGAUCAAAUUAAUGACCUUUCGGGAUUGUCGAUUAAUAAACCCCUGGUGUAGGAAAUUGGCGAGGACGGAAUUAUGAACCGGCGGAAUAUCGAACACGUCAUCUACAUGUAUUUGAAAACUAUCUCUAUAAGUUAGAUACCACAAAGUUUAUUCAUAUCCAUCAUGCGCUUUUUAAUGGCGAUAUUUGAGGCUGCUUCAUUUCUUGUACAAAACGUUAAAUUCCUUUGAAAAAACGCGUUUCUAUUCAUGUUUAUGCUACAAGUAUAGAUCUAUUUUUAGCGAUUGCUUUGUUCUUGACCAUUAAAAAGGUACUGAAAUAAUAGAAUAUGAUAGGAAAUUACGUAAUAGAAGUAUGCAGAAAGUCAAGUUCGUAAAAAGUAUUCUUGUAUUAUGUUCCACAGGACUGGUAUUGACAGCGUCGUAAAAGUUUUAGAUUUUUCACAUUCUAAACUGAUUUUGAGCAUUAAUUAUUCAUCACUGUGCAAACGGCAUGAUUGAAAAUAUGAAACACAUCGGAAGGUUCUUGUGUAGUUCUCCUGUUUGGCACAAUACUACUAUUGUAACUCCAUUAUCAUUACCCAGAUAAAAAAAAAAA